UCCAUUCUGCAAGAAAAAGACAGAGAAAGAAGUUGAAAGAUGCAUCAUUAUCUAUAAGCACCACUUCAGCUCCGCCACCCAAGUUUCAAUAGCAGCCGGCCACUGCUAAUGGCAUUUAGAGUACUACUGCCAUUUCAGCCCUCCUUUUGCUCUUCCCCGUUGGCGCCGCGAAAAAAUCUUUCUUUUCACCAGCUCUCUACUCCCAAAUCCCUCAACAGUCAUUUCUUCACCAGAAAAGAUGGUAAUUAUUCAAUAAUUGUAAAAUCUACUUUGAGUUCCCCUAUAGUGUCUCCGGAGGACCACUGGGGUACAUGGAUGUCUCUUUUCACAAUUGGCGCUUUUGGUCUCUGGUCAGAGAAGACUAAAAUUGGGCGUAUGGUUAGUGCUGCACUGGUUAGCACAUUGGUGGGCAUGACUGCAAGUAAUAUGGGGAUUAUUCUGUAUGAAGCGCCAGCAUAUUCAGCUGUAUUUAACUACCUGCUUCCAUUGACAAUCCCACUAUUGUUGUUCAGAGCUAAUCUGCGGCACAUGAUAGGCUCUACCGGUCCUAUACUUUUGGCUUUCUUGCUCGGAUCAGCUGGGACGGUUAUUGGGACUGUUGUGGCAUAUCUGAUGGUGCCUAUGAGAUCUCUUGGUCAAGAUAAUUGGAAAAUAGCUGCUGCCCUCGUGGGCAGUUACAUUGGUGGAACCAUUAAUUAUGUUGCUAUCUGUGAGGCACUUGGAAUGUCUCCAUCAGUUAUGGCUGCAGGAGUUGCUGCAGAUAAUGUAAUUUGUGCAAUAUAUUUUAUUGCACUGUUUUCAUUGGCCUCCAAAAUACCUUCAGACGCUUCAGCAUCAAGUGGUGAUGCUUCUCAAGUUGUGAAGUUUGACAGUAGAAACAAACCUGUGCUGCAGAUUGGUACAGCACUUACUGUUUCCUUUGCUAUUUGUAAAGCUGCCACUUCUUUUAGUCGAUUUUUCGGAACUCAAGGAUGUGAUCUGCCUGCUAUUACAGCAAUAGUUGUUCUUUUAGCAACAGCAUUUCCCGCUUAUUUUAGAAACCUUGCAAGUGCUGGUGAUGAAAUUGCGAUAGUCUUAAUGCAGGUUUUCUUUGCUGUAGUGGGUGCCAAGGGGAGUAUUUGGCAUGUCAUGAAUACGACACCUAGUAUUUUUAUGUUUGCUUUUGUUCAAGUAACAGUCCAUCUUAUUGUGAUUCUAGGGUUAGGAAAGCUGUUUGGUAUGAACCUAAAGAUGUUGCUUUUAGCAUCCAAUGCUAAUGUUGGAGGUCCUACAACAGCUUGUGGAAUGGCCACGGCAAAGGGAUGGGCCUCUUUGGUUGCUCCCAGUAUUCUUGCUGGGAUAUUUGGGAUUUCCAUUGCAACGUUUGUGGGGAUUGGAUUUGGAAUGUUUGUUCUCAAACACAUGUAACUUGAUGGAUUCUUGUGGCUAUCAUUUUUUCACUUCAUUAGGAAUAUCAUUGUUAGAUCUCAAUAACACAUUUUCUCUUGUCUACAUUCGGAAUCAUAAUCAUCUUCAGAUUCAUCUGA